ACUUAAUUUUACUUGGUAUAAAAUGUUAUAUAAAAUAGAGAAAAAGAUUAAUUAUAGAAUAAAAUAAAUUAAAAUAGUACAAAAUCAAUUUAGUUUUCUCACCGAAGUGAGCUAAAUGAACUCCCUAUAGUACCUGGAAAAUUAUAUACCUACCCCUGUCAUUGUAGAAAUAAACUUAAAGUAAAAUUUAUGGUAUAUGGUGCUGAGUGGCUUCUUAAAACUAACCAUCAACCAUCUACACAAUUUUGACCAAAAGCUUAUUGCUGAUACCAGUCAACAGACAAUAUAUAGCAAUCUAAAGGUUUUGAAAUAUUAUUUAGCUUACUUGACUUAAUUUCUUUUUUGAGGAACCUAUUUUCACCAGUUGCUAUGUUAAAAGAAAUCUGAUUUCCUUGAAGGAUGUGUAAUAUUCCAAUAAAUAAUUCACAAAGUGAUUUUUAUCUCAAUGUCUGUGAAACAUUGUUGCUUUAGUUUCUAUGUCAUAAUAAGUUUUUACUCUAUUACCUACAAGAAGAAAUGUGAGUUUCUUCUGUUGCGUUAUAAUGGGGCUGUCUUGCUCCAAGGCAGGGCUAAAAUGAAGUCCAUAUUGUUAACAUUUCUGUUCCAUAAAAAUCAAUCUAUUUUCUAAAAUACUAUAUUUUAUCUUUACUAUUUUCUCUUCUCAGCUGUAUUGUAUAGGAUAACAUUCUUUUAAGGCAUUCAAUAACUAUUUGAUGGAAUUAUUCUCUUAAAAUUCCUUGUCAUUGCUGUCCUAUGUGUUCAUUCCUGUAUUGGCUAUAAAAACUUUACUAGUGGGGUUAAAAAAAGAAGCUGCCUAAAGCAAAUACAUAAGAAAAGACAAGAAAGGUGCUUAUUUGAAUAGUGGCAAAGAGUUUAAAAGUAUAAUUAGUGCAAUUCUGGAAAUGAAGUAUGUUGGAUGUUUGCCUAGACUGUGUUGGCAAAGGGAUGGCACAGGUGCCCUGCAUGCCAGAGGGGGCUGCUCUGUUCCCUCUAUCCAUGUCUGAGGACAAUUUUCACAUGCCCCACCCCUCUGCAAGCACUUUCUCUGUCCACUGUCUGGGGUAAUGUAGUGGGACUCAUUGGCAGCUUGAAGGUAGUUCAGUUUAGAAGGUAGGUAGUUUGGGCACAUGAUCUCUAAAAGGUUCACCAGUGCUGGCCUAGACCAUUUUUCUCUGAUCUCCCUUUUACAUCAUAGAGAAUAGAAAAUCUUUGAGAUCAAGCUGAUUUGCAUAUUUUUUUUCCUUUACCAUUGGGGACUCAAGAACAUCGAAACCACCUUUUGGAUAUGAAUGAAAAAGCUUGGGAAAUACACAGAUAUGAGAGAACUAAACUAAAGAAGAUAAUGCUUAGGACAAAUUCAUGACCAUAAAAAGGCCAGUAAUCGAGUCCACUCUGAAGAUUGAUCUUGAGGUCAGAUCCACAACUUCUUGCCCAGUUCUACUAUGCAGAUGAAGAGUUAAACCAAGUAGCUGCUGAAUUGGACAGCUUGGAUGGAAGAAAAGAUCCACAGAGAUGUACGUUACUAGUCAACCAGUUCCGUUCAUGUCAGGAUAAUGUGUUAAACAUUAUAAAUCAGAUAAUGGAUGAAUGCAUUCCAAGUGAUCGAGCAAAUCGGGAUUUUUGUGUUAAGUUCCCAGAGGAGAUACGUCAUGACAAUCUGGCUGGUCAGCUUUGGUUUGGAGCAGAGUGUUUGUCUGCAGGUUCAAUUAUCAUGAAUCGUGAAAUAGAGAGCAUGGCCAUGAGGCCACUGGCCAAGGAUCUGACACGUAGCUUGGAAGAACUUAGAAACCUCAUUCGGGACCAAGCCUUAAGAGAUUUAAACAUUUAUACAGAAAAAAUGAAAGAGUCUCUCAAACACUUUGAUGUCCUAUUUGCUGAAUUUGAGUUGAGCUAUGUCUCAGCGAUGGUACCAGUAAAGUCGCCUAAAGAAUAUUAUGUACAACAGGAGGUAAUCGUCCUUUUUUGUGAAACAGUAGAGAGAGCUCUAAAGCUUGGAUACCUCACUCAAGACAUGAUUGAUGACUAUGAACCAGCAUUAAUGUUUACAAUUCCAAGAUUAGCCAUUGUCUGUGGGCUUGUAGUUUACUCUGAAGGACCUUUGAACCUGGACCGUAAGGCAGAAGAUAUGUCUGAGCUGUUUAGACCCUUCCACACUUUGCUAAGAAAAAUAAGAGAUUUGCUGCAGACAUUAACUGAAGAUGAAUUACACACACUUGAACGGAACCUUUGUAUAUCCCAAGAUGUGGAGUUCUCUGUGAGAACAGAUCCUGAAGUCCCCACUGUCAUUGCACCCACUUUAGCUACAACCUUCCCUCCUGAGCAGCUUUCUGUCACCGCUGAAAAUACAGAAGCUGAAUUAGCCUGCUCGAUGCAGUAUGAUGAACAGGAACUGGAACAACUCAAUCAGAUGGUUCACAGGGUAGGAGAUGAAAUGUCAUCUCUCCUUUCACCACCCAGUGUAUGUCAGUCUCCAGCACAUAGAGCUGGUCUAAGAAAUAGCUCAAGCACAGAGGCCUCACCAAGCAGGUCAAAUCUAGGUCAUUUAAAUGAUGAAGAAGACAGAGUCUUUUUUAUGGAUGACCUUGAUGGAGCAGGAGAAUCCCUUGCUAGGCCAGAGUCAACUGGUAGCACUCUGGUUUGGGUCAAUAACACCUGUCAGGAUCUGUCAAAAGAAAAGGACACCCCAAGUAUAGAUAAUGGAGAAGCAGGAGAUGCUUUACACAGAAAAGAGAGAGAAAGUGAUUUGAGCAAUAACAAUAAUAUUGAAGAUUGCAAAAUGCAAAAAACAGAACUCUCUGUCCAAAAUUCUUGCAGUUGUUUAGAUUCACAAUUAUACCUCAAUGGCUGGGAUGUGAAUGCUGAAGAUGCAGAGACAGCAGAAAUGAUAGCCCAUCGGACUGGUGGAAUGAAGAUAUCUGCUACUGUGAUAUUUAAUCCUAAAUCUCCUACUUCUUCUGAUUCACCUGUAACUACACCAGAAAUACCAAGUAAUACUGUUCCUAUUUCCAACUCAAGAGCUGACGAAGAGGCAAAUGAAUCCCAUCAGCUUGGCAUUGCUGCUACUAAUUGUCUCAUUAACUCCUGUGUGUGUUGUGGUAGUUGUGAAGACAACCGGGAGGACACUUCAGAAAGUUUAAAGACUAAGUGUACUCCAGGAAAAGUUAUAAAUGCCUCUUAUAGUCUAGUCAAGUCUAAAGAAAAGGAUCACAUAGAUAAGUCAGAUAAUGCAGCAUCCUCUCCAGAGACUCUAAAAACUGAAACUCUUCCUUCUGAAAGAGACUGUGACAAGCAAGAACCUCAACAAUCUCAGUCCUCCAAGUGCCUGGUGCAGAACUCAGGAUCCCAAGUGGGAAGUGAUGAGGGGUCACAAGUUGAAGGGGAUGUGUCAGGUCAACAGAAGCAGCAUGAAAAUAGAAUACAGCCAAGUGAGAAGCAGUCAGAGACCAGAAAGCAAAGUAGAAGCAAAAGGCCAGGCAAAGAAGGAGGAAAAGCAAGGUCUAGUUCCAGCAGCCUCAGGUCAAGCUCCAUUUCAUCAGAUGGCACCGACCCGGAGCAGAUCCAGCUUGCCUUUCAGGCUGCAAAAAGGGCAACGAGGGAAAAAAUCAGAUCCAGAUUUCACAGCAGCAGUGACCUAAUCCACCGACUCUUUGUCUGUAUAUCAGGUGUUGCUGAUCAGUUACAAACAAAUUAUGCAAGUGAUUUGCGAAGUAUUCUUAAGACCUUAUUUGAAGUUAUGGCAACUAAGCCAGACACAGAAGAUGGGGAAAAAUUAAAGAAAGUAAAUCAGAAUUUAAGAAGUGCCGCUCUGGAGGACUGUGCCCUUUGCCAGGAAACAAUCUCCUCGUCCGAACUUGCAGCAAAGGCAAGAGAUGGAGAUUUUGAAGAUCCUCCUGAAUGGGUACCAGAUGAAGCCUGCAGCUACUGCACAGCAUGCAAAGCGCCUUUCACUGUCAUUCGGAGGAAGCACCAUUGUAGGAGCUGUGGCAAGAUUUUCUGCUCCCGCUGUUCUUCCCAUUCUGCACCGUUACCUCGUUAUGGUCAGAUGAAACCUGUCCGUGUUUGCACUCACUGUUACAUGUUCCAUGUCACACCUUUUUACAGUGACAAAGCUGGAAUUUGACAUAUUAAACUAGUGAUCUAUUUAAUGGAGUCACACAUGGACUGAAAUUCUAUGUGCUUAAGCCAAGAAUUAACUGAAAAGAAGGACCUUGUCAGGAACAUAUAGGCUUUCAGCAUCCAUCAUCAUAUAUUUUGUACAGAUGGUUUUUAUUGCAUUUUCCUAAGCUGCUAAAGGGAACUAUGAGGAGCCUAUAGCACUGGGACUGCAAUAGUGUUCCAUAAAUUUCUAACAUUAACAUGAUGAUGCCAUAUGAUAUAGGAGAAACACAUCUCAUGAAAAGAGAGAGGGUCUCUAUUUAAGCUACCAAGGCUUGCAUUGCUACCCAUCUCCCAAACAUUCAUUUGUGUCCUCCUUAGGGGAAACCCAUUCCAAACUGCUCAUCAGCUUUUGGCAGAUGUUUCUCCUUUUUUGCUAGCAUUUUUAGCAAUUAAACUCUGGCCAAACCUUACCCAAUUUCCAUGGAAUAAUUACCGAGGCGAGGUUAUCUUUGAAAUGAAGAGGAAGCUUUUGAGUUUCCAGAGCUGUACUUUGCUGUUGCCUUUUGUUUGGGAAUCAUAGCAAUAACUGGAAAGCUCUGCUCUUUUAUUAUUACCUUGUUUUGAAUGGGGUGAGCAUAUUUUAGAAUUCAUCACAUCUGACACCAUUUCUUCCACCUCUUGGUUGUUUAAAAAAAUGAGAGUUAAAUAGAAUUUUAUUUGUACCAUUAAUAACAAUAAUACAAAAUAAAUGCUAGGGGCAUUGGUAAUUGGGAUAAUGGUUCAAUACAAAAAUACUUCUUUUUAUUUUCAGAAGUUUUGCAAAACAAGGGUACUGUUAUAUGUGGGGCUGUUUAUGAAACCAAAAAUAUUUUAAAUGACAGAUAUUAAGACUGUCCAUUUUUAUUCAAAAAGUUCUAAACAUUUACUUACACUUUAGUGAUAUAAAACCUGCAAUAUCUCACUUAAGACAUAAUUUUAUAAAUCCUUAGCCACUUUUUUUUUCAUUCAGAUGCAAGCCUGUCUUAGGAGAAUGUAUUUAAACCAGUAGGAAAAAAAGAAAAACAAACUUUUUAUCCAAAGGGGGAAAUACAGUGAGUGAUCCUUUUGUACAGCAAGAGAUUUAUUUUCCAAAGUUUACUCACAGGUAGAGUGAAGAACUUGCUUUAACCAGACUCCAGAUUUUGCUUUCUUUGACUUCCAUAUUCUUCACACACAGUGUUUCAUCAAAAAAGACAGAGAGAGCUGAUGAGAAAACUGUGUAUUCUUCCCUACAGAGAAAAGAAUCUUAUUCUACAAAGUAGACAAAACUGGUGUCACUUUGAACAGUUUUCUGCCCCGUGCAAACUGAUCAGAUAAGAUUCCCAGGUUUUCUUGGUUGCUCAGCUCUACUAUCAUUUACAUAACAUGGAACCGCAUGGCAUCAGGCAUAAGAAAUGCGCUAGAGUGCUCGGUGCAGUUAGCCAUAUUAUUGAUGUCUGCACGUGGAUUUUGUUUCGUUCCUUUUUUGUAACUUCCCUCACCAAAUCCUAAAGAGGGGAUUCUCAGAGGUGGCCCCAGUUUUUUUGGCUCAGCAUGAUGCAGGUCUCUCAUGCCAACAGGAAAACUGAGGAGUGUGGUACCAAACAGUGAUACCUAUUCAGGCUUCAAUCUCAGGCUUCACAUUGCAAUGAUUAUUGCAGUUUUAUUUUUGAGAAAUGACAAACCUAAUGCUUCUUUUAUAGGAUUAAUAAAUAAAUAAAAUUUAACUGUGACAUUAACAUGCACAAAAGUUGCUUCUUCUGUAAAAAAAAAAAAGGUUUUAUUUAAUGGAGUGAAUCUUAUUUAUUCCAGCUUAUUUUUAUUCUGUAAAUGCUGUAAUUCAAAAUCAUUUCCAUAUAUAUCCAUAUAUAUAUAUAUAUAUAUAAGGAUCUCAGACACUAUAGUUUCUUAUGUAAAUACAGACUCCUAUUUCUUUUACUGAAAAGCACAAUGAUUCUAUCAGUACCAAUACACAUUUGUCUCAGAGAAGACUUUGGUCUUAUAAUCUCUUCAGAUAAUUAAAAUGUCAGGACUUUCUACUUCCA